CCCAACCACUAUAUAUACCCAACGCACCCUCCUCGGUUUUUCUCAUAAUCAGUACAAUCUCAUAUUUCGUGCACUUGCGCUAAAGAGAGAAGCUUUCUUGGAAGUUUCAAAGUUCACAUCAAAAAACGUACAUGGUUGAUCUAGAAGUUCAGAUUCCCACAGCGUUCGACCCAUUUGCUGACGCUAAAGACUCGGAUGCUCCUGGAGCUAAAGGGUAUGUUCAUAUACGUAUCCAGCAGAGAAAUGGGAAAAAGUGCCUGACCACUGUGCAAGGCCUCAAGGAGACUUUUAGCUACGACAAGAUCCUCAAGGACAUCAAGAAACAGUUCUGUUGUAACGGGAAUGUAGUGCAGGACAAGGCACUAGGCAAGAUUGUCCAACUGCAAGGUGAUCAGCGCAAAAACGUGUCUCAGUUUCUUGUUCAGGCUGGGAUUGUGCAGAAGGACCAGAUUAAGAUUCAUGGCUUUUAAGGAUCUGGGGUAUUAAUAAUAAUUAUGAUUGGUGUUUGUGGGUUUGUUUGCUAAUAAUACCUAUUUUGGGUACUGGCUAUAAAUAUAUGUGGGGUUUACUUGACCCCUCAUAUAUUAGUUUGCUAUUGAUUUAGAUUAGUUUGUAUUAGGUAUUGCUUUGUUAUUUUAAGUUUAUGGGGAUUUCAGUUGUUUGGGAUGAUAAACCUACAAUAUUAAUCUUAUUGGAUGCUAUUUCUUUUAAA